AUGCAAAACACCAUAAUUCCUCCCUAUUUCUCAAAACCAACAAUAGAGGAAGAACAAAAUGAAGAAUCUCAAAAACUAUUACACUACCACAACAAUGAGACCGAUGAUCCAUAUCAUCAAGUAGACAUUCUCUCCCUCCGUGAUCUCCCUAUCACCGCCAUCGAUUCUUCAUCACCACAUUUACAACACAACACAACCACGGCCGCCACUAUCAACCACAGUCGUCAUUCCUCCACCUCCGACCCUACCUCCGACUUCUUCUUCGAGUUCCUCAUCAACAAUGACGAUGACCUCAUCACCUCCACCGGUGAUGACGUCAUCUUCCACGGUCGUCUCCUUCCUUACACUCCUCCUCCUAGACCUCGGCGCUCUCUUUCUCUCUCCUCUGCCGCGGCUCGCUUGACUCGUCCUCAUCAGCUUAAUGAGUCGUCGUCUUCAUCAUUAUCACCCCCUAAAGCGUUACCUAGUAUUCGGCCUAGCCGGUCUCUUAACUACCGGAAACUACGUCGGAAUCGGUCUAACACGAAGCCGAAAAAUGAAACAAUGAAUAGAACUUCGUGUAAUGGUAACACUCGGUUUAACUCGGAUAAAAGUCCGGCGAAGUUGCCGUGGUAUUGGGCGUUGGUUUUCGGCUUACCGAAGAUUCCGGCGGAAAUGGAGCUCAAAGACAUAAAAAACCGGCAGUUUCGCCGGAAUUCUACUCCGCCGCCACCGCCGUCGUCGAGCUUUUUUUCCGGUGACCGGAGUUGCUCCUCUGCUUCUUGGAAACUUCUUAAUGUUUUGAGUUGUAAAAGCCAUGUCACGGUUGACGUGUCCAACACGGCACCUUUUCGUAAUUCCUUAUUUUGA